CACAACGCCAUUUGUAAUCUUAAAAAAAAGGUCACGGCUAGAGAAGCCUUGUCAAGAUUAAACAGAUGAAAAAUGGCAAGUGGAGGAGCUGUAGAUCAAAAUGUUGAUGAAUCUUCAGACAGUAUACAUGACUUCCCAUGUAAACCUUGCUCUGAUGAUGGUAAAAAUAUUGAGGGUGUAAACUUCUGUGCAGAAUGUCAGACUUACUUCUGUCAGGCAUGUAUUGUUCACCAUAACAAAUGCUUCAAAACACACACACUUUACAAAAAGUCUGGUAUAAAGUCAGGCAAGAUCCAGUAUCAGCAACAAGCAGCAGGACUGGCAUGUGAUAAACACCCAGGAAAUCCCAUUCAGAUGUACUGCGGAGAACAUGAUGAUGUCUGCUGUGCUGUGUGUAUAGCUGUUGACCAUAAGUUGUGUAAUAGCACAGACUUCAUACCAAAAUUGGCGAAGGAAAUUUUAAAUGGACGAGACAGAAAAGGUGCAAAGACAUCCCUUGAAGAAAUGAAAGAAAAACUCCACGCUGUAAAGUCUUCUAAACUAGAACAGAUAAAUGAAGUCAGUAAAGAAAAAGAAGACCUCCUCCUUGAAAUUGGGAAAAUGAAGGAGCGAAUCAUUGCCAGAAUAGAAGAGAUAGAACAAACUUCAAUCAAGCAGGUACAAGACAAACACAAAGGAAUUGUUGACAAAAUAAAAACUGACAUAGAAUCUAUAGAUGCUAAGCUUAGAGCUAUUGAUGACAAUAUUAGAAAGAUAAAUGAGUUCAAGGGAGACAAUGAGGCUAAACUGUUUGUUGUUCUCAACAAAGCACAUGAGGUAGAAGUAGGCUGUGGUAAAUAUUUAGAAAAUUACGGAGAGGUUGAGUAUGGCAAAAUCGCAUUUGAGUUCAGUCAAGGUAUUGAAUUGGCUAUCAGUAGUGUAGAAUCAUUUGGUAUCACAGAGGAUUGUCAUUAUGCUCAGUCUUACAUUGAUUCUAUUGUUUCUGCAGCAUCGCUGGUUGGUGAGUUUGAGGUCACAGAUUGUUCUUCAUGCUCGAUUAUCGAUUGUUGCUUACUAGAAAACGGUCAAUUUAUCCUUGCUGACACGAAAAAUAAUUGCCUCGAACGAUUUGACAAGAAAUAUAACUUGUGUGACUCGUGUGCUAUUUCAAAUCUAAAAAGCUUGUGCAGAGUUAGUCCAAAUGAACUAGCCGUUAUAGAUGGUAAUGCUGUUCGUUUUAUUCAUGUGGGUAGGUCAAUGAUGCCUACACAUUCAUUUACAAUUUCCAGUGAAUCAAAUGAGAUAAUGAGCUUGUGUCCUAAAGGGUCUAGCUAUGUAAGUCUCACACUGUCUCGUAUUGCAUUCAGUGACGAGAAACUUUACAUUGUAGCCUUUGUUAAGUACUACCUGCCAUCAAAAUAUCAAUACAGUGUUGUAGUAUUGGUGUGUAACAUAGAUGGCUCUAUUAUUCGAGGUAUCUCUACUGAUUUUGAGCAAGAUAUAAAUGCUUUUUCAGUGAGUUUAGAUAGUUCUAAGAUGUUCUUUGCCACUCCUAAAAGGGGGAUAAUAACUCUAGAUAAUAAUGGUAAAGUAUUAUCAGAGUUCUCUGAAAAGAGGUUAAACAAUGUUUCUUGUGUUAUUGAAGGAGACAGAGGGCAACUGAUUGUUUGUGAUAACGGCUCCAGUGCUAUAUUUCUGGUAGACAGUGAUGGUAAAACGUUUGGAGAACUGCUGGGUACAAUAGAUGGGAUAAGUUCUCCCUUAUCAAUCACUUAUAUUAAAGAGCAAAAAAGGCUUAUAGUUACCGGCAAUACCAGAGUAAUGAAAAUAUUUCAGUUGACCUAAACAGAAUCUUAAUUUUGGGUUGUGCAUUUUUAGCUCACCUGGUGAGGUAUUGUGAUCACACUGUGUCUGUCGUGCGUGCGUCCGUCCGCCAAGUCGUCCGUCCGUCGUCAACAUUUAAAUGACAUCUCCUCCAAAACCACUGAAUGGAUUUUGAAGAGACUUGGCCACGUUGUUCCUUUUGUGGUCCUCUACCAAAAUUGUUCAAACGGUUCUGCUUGGUUGCACACAGGGACUGCCAGAGCUUAAAAUAGAAAAAAAAACUUCAAACAACAUCUCCUUCUAAACCGAUGGUCCAAUUUUUAAAUAAUUUCGCACAAAUGGUCCUUAUGUCACCCUCUACCAAGUUUGUUCAAGUUAUUCCGAUUCGUCAAAAAUCAUGGCCGCCAGGAGGCGUGGUCACUUUUCCCUGUAUGUAUAUAGUGGAAACUUUAAAAAAUCUUCUUGUUUGAAACUGCUAGCCCGAUUUUAAAAUAAUUUAGCACAAAUGGUCCAUGUGUGACCCUUUACCAAGAUUGUUGAAAUCAUACUAUUCAUAAAAAAACAUGGCUGCCAAGGGGCCUGGUCACUUUUCCCUAUAUAUGUAUAUAGUGGAAACAUUAAAAAUCUUCUUGAGUGAAACUGCUGGCCCGAUUUUAAAAUACUUUUACACAAAUGGUCGUUGUAUGACCCUUUCCCAAAAUUGUUCAAAUUAUUCCAAUUCGUCAAAAACAUGACUGCUAACGGGCGUGGUCACUUUAAAUUUUUCCUGCAUGUAUAUAGUAGAAACUUCUUGUAUAAAACACACAAAUGGUCCUUGUGUGACCUUCUACAAAAAGUAUUCAAAGUUUUUUGAUUCGUUAAAAAACAUGAGGGCGCGGUCACUUUUCAUCAACACAUCUCCUCCAAAACCACUGAAUGGAUUUCGAUGAAACUUUACACAAAUAAUCUCUUGGUAGCAAUUAUCAGAUGGUGGGCUAUUCAAAUCACUCUGCGUCCAUGGUCCGUGGUCCUUCCGUCCGUCCGUUAACAAUUUCUCAUUAUCGCAUCUACUCAGAAACUACUAGGGGAAUUUUGACCAAACUUUGUCAGAAUGAUGCAUUGGUACCCUCUAUCUAUUAUUGAUUCAGAGAAGAAGAUUUUCAAAGUUUCUUAUAUAUAAGCCUACAGUAAGUACAUGUCACGCACUGGGCAUGGACAUACUUUACCUUAGGGCAAUAAUUUGGACAAUUAUGGUAGAGAGUCACACCCUUAUAUCACAUGCCAAAUAUCAAAGCUCUAGAGAGAAAGAUUUUUAAAGUCUGAUAGCUGAAACCUAUUUCUAACCAAAAAGACCCAUUUGUUCGAUGAACCAGAACCAUUUGAACAACAUUACAAGAGAUCACAGAGUGAUCUUGGCGCCCACCAUUGAGCCAUUUUUUAAUGUUCCAAAUUUCAAAACUAGCUCAAGGUCAAAACUGUGCAUGUGGUCCAUGCAUGUGGUCCAAAUUGAAAAGUCGUAGCUUGAGAAAUGUGAAAGUAGGUCACUAGAUCAAUUUCAAGGUCAAAGUUCAUUUCGGUGUACAAAACUAUGCAUGUGCUUCAAAUCUGGAGGCUGUAGCUUGAGAAAAGUGAAAGUAGGUACUAGGUAAAAAUCAAUGUCAAAUUUCAAUUCAGAACACAAAAAUAUGCAAGUGGACCAAAUUUGAUCUCAAGAUCGAAGUUCAUUUCGGUACACAAAACUAUGCAUGUAGUCCAAAUUUGAAGUUUGUAGCUUGAGAAAUGUGAAAGUAGGUCACUAGGUCAAUGUCAAGGUCAAAGUUUUAUUCGGUGAACAGAAGUAUGCAUGUGGUCCAAAUUUGAAGGCUGUACCUUCAAGAAUGUGGAAGAAGGUUAAAAUCACGGUCAAACUUCAUUUCUGAACACAAAACUGUGCAUGUGGUCCCAAUUUGAAGCUAAGGAGAGGACAACCGUAAGCUGAUAUAGCUUUCUGUCCAAUUCCUUAAUUAAUUGUUCUGUAAAUGUUUCAUGUAUUACUGAAAUAAAAUAUGUUUAAACUAAUUUGAAGCCUGUACCUUCACAAAUGUGAAAGUAGGUCACUAGGUCAAAGUUGUUUUCUGAACACAAAACUAUGCAUGUGGUCCCAAUUUGAGGCCUGUACCUUCUCAAAUGUGAAAGUAGGUCACUAGGUCAAUGUCAAGGUCAAAGUUUUAUUCGGUGAACAAAACUAUGCAUGUGGUCCAAAUUUGAAGGCUGUAGCUACAGAAAUGUGAAAGUAGGUCACUAGGUCAAAAUCAAGGUCAACUCAUGUCAAGGUUCAUCUUGCCACUCAAAACUAUACAUUUGGUCCAAAUUUGAAUGUUGUAGGUUAUUGACAAGAAGAUUUUAAAAGUUUUUCCCUAAAUCAGUCUAUAUGAACCAUGUGAUCCCCGGGGCGGGCCAUAUUUGACCCUAGGGAGAUAAUUUGAACAAACUUGGUAGAGAACCACUAGUUGAUGCUACAUUACAAAUAUCAAAGCCCUAGGCUUUCUGGUUUUGACAAGAAAGUUUUCAAAGUUUUUCACUAUAUAAGUCUAUAACCAUGUGACCCCCAGGGCGGGGCCAUAUUUGACCCUAGGGGAAUAAUUUGAACAAUCUUAGUAGAAGACCACUAGAUGAUGUCACAUACAAAAUAUCAAAGCCCUAGGCCCUGUGGUUUUGGACAAGAGGUUUUUCAAAGUUUUUCCAUAUAUAAGUCUAUAUAAACCAUGUGACCCCCUGUGCUGGGCCAUAUUUGACCCCAGGGAAAUAAUUUGAAUCAUCUUGGUAGAGGAACACUAGAUGAUGCUACAUACUAAAUAUCAAAGCCCUAGGCCCUGUGGUUUUGGACAAGAAGAUUUUCAAAGUUUUUCCCUAUAUAAAUCUAUGUAAAUUUUAAAAAUAAACAAAGGGCCAUAACUCACUCAAAAAAUGUUGAACCAGUCUGAUUUUCUGGGGAACACAACUAGAUUCCAUACCUCAUGUUUUUAUUUCGAUGUAAAUGAGAUCUGGAACCAAAAUUUGUGGUCUUGUUUGGCGCCAUAUAACCUAUACUGUGUAGGUUUGCCGUAAAACCCAAAUAAAAUAAAUAAAUAAAUAAAUGUUGCACCCAUGAUAUUUAAAUUGCUGAAUUACUUCAGUUGUUUAUAUAAGUGAAUUAGCUGAAAUGUCAUUAAGUUAGUUUUCUACUUGUUUUGUUUUUCAGUCUAAGGGCUAUUUUUAUUGACUGUAUAUAAGUGGAUAUAUUUUAUUUUCGAAGGUUGUCACAUCCAGUUGUCAUUGAAAAAUUUAAUACAAUGUGGGAAAAUGGAGGAUUUGGAACAUUCUGGAUUGGCAACAUUUCUUUCAGAGUACUUAGCUUGUUGUUCAGAUCUUCCAUCUGUUUAGUGUUUAGUAUACUACUACUAUUAGUCUAGUAUCUGUAUACAUCAAUGAUGCUUUUGGAGAGUCAAGUCAGUCUAUUCCUUCCUGUGUAAAACUUUUGUAAUAGAAUAGAAGGAUUAAGGUUUACCUUGUUGCUGAGGUUCCAGUGUUGUAUACCUCAAUGUGCAAAGUUACCAGUGUUUAGUUUUAAGACUGUGCAUAGAAACAGCCCAUCGUGUAUAUUAGUUUUAUGACAGGAUUCCAACUAAGUGUUAAAACUUUGAAACCUAUGUGAUAUUUACCUACAGUUCAAAAUUAUGACUUUGAUUUGAAAGCAACAACUGUUUAAUUUUGUUAUCACUUUGAUUACCAUGUUCUAUAGAGACUGCAAGUUACCUCUGACUGUCACAAGUUUUUUCAACAUAGUAUCGCCCUUGGGACUAGAUUCCUAGUUGCAACCCAACCUGACUUCUUCCAGUUAAAGCAGACUUUUGUAAAUAAUUAGCCUGGUGUUUUAUGUUUUUACCUUUCACUAUUGUUUGUUUGUUUGUUUGCACGUGUUUAUUAUUACUAUAAUUCUUUUUCUGUUGGUUUAUAGUGUUAGCGAUACCUAUUUUGGAACUUUGUGUAUAUAUCAAAUUUGUCAUGCCUGACAGGGCCCUAAAUUGGAAAUGAAAUAUUCUAUUCUAUUCUAUUCUCUAAAGAGCUUUACGUCAGUAACUUUGACAUGCCUGGAGUACUCUUAUUUUUAUUUGAAAUAAAUAUUUUCCUCAAUGAGAUAGAGUAUCACAUGUAAACUCCAGGCACCUGUCUCAAAGUUCAAGGUCACAUUUAGGGGUCAAAGGUCAAAUAAGAUCUUGUCUAGGCCAUAACUGAUAUGCACAAAGUGCUAAAUGUGAGCUAUUGGGAUCACCUUAUGCACUGUUGGUGCGCCGUAAAACCCAAAUAAAUAAAUAAAUAAAUGUAUCUGUUGUCUGUCGUCAACAGCUUGACUGUUAACACUCAAGGUCACAAUUUUGCCCAAUCCCAUGAAACUUUGUCAGAAUAAAAUCUCUUAAUAUGUUUGUAACUGGGUCUUCUGGGAUCAAAAACUAGGUCACUAGGUCAGUUUAUAGGAAAACCAUGUUAACACUCUAGAGGCCACAUUUUCUACCUCUUUAUGAAAUUUUGUCAGAUUGUAAGUUUAACUGGGUAUGAAGUCAAAACUAGGACACUAAGUCAAAUUAUAGAAGAACCUUGGGGAAGAAUUACACAUACAUGAUUGUAUAUAUUUUUUUUCUUUCAGUUAAGUUUCUUGUUAUUGUGACCAUCUGAAUUGUUUUGUAUUUUUGCCUUUAGUACCUUUUCUAAGUACACUUUAACCCAACCGUUCACCACCCCCACACCCUCCAUAUACCGGUAUGCCCAGUUUCUUGUUAAUUGCUGACAACUCGUGAUUUUAAUGCUGUGACCCAUUCUACAUGGAAAUGGGUAUUGUGUCCCGUUAGGUGAAGCAUUUGUUUACAUAAAGACUAGAAAUAUUAAGUUAGAGAGUAAAAAAUACCUAAACAGUUCUUUUUUGUUUAAAAAUUUAAACUAAAAUGUUUUCUUUAUAUGUGUGCCUGAAAAUGUGGCCCCCUAUCAAUAACUGGAUAAUGCUUUGACUUGCAGUGGUAUAUAUAACCUGUAUUGUGUUGCUGUCCCAUAAAACCUGUAUCAACAUAUUUAUCAACUGAGCUGUCAAAGUUGUAGCUUACUGAUACUGAAUAUAACAUUCUCGGUUACUUCCGACAGGCCAUCAUUAGAAGGGGAGAUAUCUGCUGCGGGUUAAAAAACAUUUUUGUUGGUAGCUGUAGUUAACACAUGCACUGUGUAUAGUCUUAAUCUGAGUUUUGUAAAAAUUGUUAUAGUGACGGAUAUGUUAUUUGUUAUGGAAACAAAAUAGGAAAGAUAGUAUCUUGUGUCUUGUUUUAAAACAUUGUUAAAAAUAUCAUGUCUUCCUAAAAAAUAAACAGUGCUACUUCAUUUGGUGCUGUUGUGAGAGCUUGGUCAUAAAGAUAAAGGAUACUUUAGACCUUAACAACUUUGAUUUUAUGUUCCUUCAAAACAUAUAUGUAUAAAUUGUUACUCAUGCUACUGUAACUGAUAUUCUGUAUACAUCGUGUUUUAUAUGAAAUACAUUAAAGGGAAAGGCAACGUUUUUCUAACUUUAAUUUCGUCUGCUGGGAUUUCUUAAAUAAUUUAAAGAAAUGAAAGAAUUUUCAAAAUCGGAGCGAAAAUGAAGAAGUUAUUAGCAUUUUAAUAUUUUGCCAAACUGGCGACCAUUUUUUUUCCAUAGCAACAAAAAAACAAAAUGGCGGAUUUUUAAAAUUUUUAGAUGUACAUUUGAACUGUAUUUACUUAUUUCUGUAAAAUAAUUUCUCUACUUUUUCCAGCUAUAUUGAAAGAAAUUAUCAUGUUUUACACCUUACAUUUAAGAAACAUAAAAAAUUAAUCUAUUUAAAAGGUUAUUUGCUAAAUGAAGAAUUCAACAGUGUGUAAAUGACGUCAUAAACACACAAAAAUGGCUGCCUCCAAACAGCCAUAUCUUUUUCAAUAGUGGUCCAAUUUUUAAAAUUCUUUCAGCAUUAUGAAAGGCUUGAGGAUGGCUUUCAUAUAUAAUUAACUUAUUGUCAGGCUUUCCUUACCCUUUAAUGUUAUAAUGUAUAAAAUAUAUACAUAUGUUCUAUAUGAUACACCAGCCGCUUAGAAAGUAAUGAUGAAAUAUAUUAGAAUACUUUCCGACAAAUAUUGUUUCAUUAUUCACCUUUCAUUGAGUAUUAUUCUACAUCGUUUCUUGACAAAUUGUCAAUACAACCUGUCACUGCGCUUAAAAUGUCUGCAGCAGACUGGAAAUAUAUUUUUGUAAGGAAAAGGUAUAUACGAUGAUAUGGUCACCUAAGUUCAACUUUAUACAGUUAAGAAAUAAAAUGAUUUUUUUCGGUGUUCAUGCAAAAUGAACGACAGAAUAGGAUCGGCAAACCCAUGAAUCGCGAUUCAUGUUUAAUUUGCCGAUCCUAUUCUGUCAUUCGUUUCGCAUGAACACCGAAAAAACUAGUUUCAUUUCUUAUAUACUGAACAACAAAAGAAACUAUCCAGAUGUAUAACUGGUAUAUUUUGAAAUAAAAAAUCGAUUUUUCAAAUUUGAAUUGUUUCGUCAUACCAAAAUUACACUCGAAGAUCUUCACGUGAUAAAUUUUUAAAAAUCAAUCAACAGUGAAGUCAGUAGUCUCACAAUAGCCGUUUGAAAGGCUAUAUCUUCUGUGCGUCAGUUGCAUUGUAACAUCCCAAUUGGGCGCUAAACUUGAUUCAGUCGUGCGGUGCAACCAACAACAUUUUUUAAACUUUUUGCUGUUUUUCCGGUUAGUCAAUUAUCAAUAUUUCCAGUGACAAUAAAAUUUCACAAAGAAAAUUGCUAAUUACAGGUGCACAUGAAUUUCGUGCAAAAAAGCUAUUGUGGGACUGACUUCACGGUUGAUUGAUUUUUAUUAAAUUUUACACCUGAAGUUUUUCAAGUGUAAUGUGAUAUGAAAAACACUAGUGAUUUAUAAAUUAAAGUUUUUUAAUAAAAAUACCCCGGUUAUAAAACUGGAUAGUGUGUUUUGCUGUUCAGUAUAUUUACAUUAUAUUUCCUUUCCACUUGUAAACAAGAUAGUAUUAUAAAUUGCACAUAUUUUGUGGCAUUUAACAUUAAAAGCAGCCUCCUGGCCAUUCUGUGCACCAGACGGAACAACUGCGACGUCAUCUUAGGAACGUUCUCCCUGACUAUACGCGGACGUCGUCAAAACAGCGGCCGGAUAUCACUAAGCAGCGAUGACAUAACUUUCGCGCCUUUCCUUUUGCUCUUCAUACGAAAUGAACGUCAUAAUUUUCAAUGGAAAAGAACAGGGCGGAUGUAAAUAUUACUUCUUGUUUUUCAGCAAUUUUAGCCCGACUUUUCGAAGAAAAAGUAGAGCUAUUGUACUCGCCCCAGCGUUAGCGUCAGUGUCGCCGUUGGUUAAAGUUUUUGAUAAAGUCAAAUAUCUCUUUUAUUAUCAAAGCUAUUGACUUGAAACUUAAAACAGUUAUUGUCUAUCAAAGUCUACACCAGUGAAAGCAAUCCACAUAACUAUGAUUUUGAAUUUUGACAGAAUUAUGCCCCUUUUUAACUUUGAUUGUUUUGGUUAAAGUUUUUGAUAAAGUCAAAUAUCUUUGUUACUAUAAAAGCUUUAACUUGAAACUUAAAAUUGUUAUUUACUAUCAUAGUCUACACCAGGAGAAAAAAUCCCCAUAACUCUGAUUUGUAUUUUGACAAGAGUUAUGCCCCUUUUUAACUUAGAAUUUAAGCCCACCUGAGCACGACAUGCUCAAGGUGAGGUAAUGUGACCAGUCAUUGUCCGGCAUCCGUAGGCGUGCGUCAUGCGUUGUCCGGCGUCCAUCAACAUUUGCCUUGUAAACACUCUAGAGGCCACAGUUGUGACCCAACCUUCAUGAAACAUGGUCAGAAUGUUUGUCUUGAUGACCUCUAGGUUAAGUUAGAAACUGGGUCAUGUGGGAUAAAAAACUAGGUCAGUAGGCCAGAUCAUAGGAAAAGCUUGUGAACAUUCUAAAGGCCACAGUUGUGACUCAAUCUUUAUUAAGCUUAAUAAGAAUGUUUGUCUUGAUGAUCUCUAGGUCAUAUUGGAAACUGGGUCAUAUGGGAUCAAAAACUUUGUCAGUAGGCCAGAUCAAAGGAAAAUCUUGUUAACACUCUAGAGUCCACAGUUUAAGUUUGAAACUCACGAGAAUUGGUCAGAAUGUCUGUCUUAAUUACCUCUAGAUCAAGUUCGAAUCUUGGUCAUGUGGGGUCAAAGACUAGGUCAUCCGGUCAAAUCAAAGGAAAAGCUAGAUAACACUCCAGAGGUCAGGUUUAUGAUCCUAUCUUCAUGAAACUUGGUCAAAAUGAUGAUCUUGAUGAUCUUUAGCCCAAGUUCGAGUCUGGAUUAUCUGAGGUUAAAAACUAGGUCAUCUGUUAAAAUCAAAGAAAAACCUUGUGCAUGCAAUAGGGGCUGCAUUUUUCAUUUGAUGUUCAUGAAACUUGGUUAGAAUGUUUGUUUGCAUGAAAUCUCGAAAUAAUUUUUAUCUGGGUCACUAGGGAUCAAAAACUAGAUUACCAGGUCAAAUCAAAGAAUAAGCUUGUUUACACCCUAAGGGGCACAUUUUUUUAUUCUAUCUUCAUAAAACUUGGUCAGGGUGUUUGUUAUCAUGAAGUCUUGGUUGAUUUUAAAUCUGGGUCACGUGGGCUCAAAAACUAGAUUACUAGGUCAAAUCAAAGGAAAAGCUUGUAUACACUCUAUAGGCCACUUUUUUGCUUCAAUCUUCCUGAAACUUUGUCAGAAUGUUUGUUUUCAUGAAAUUGUGGACAGCUUCGAAUGUGGGUCAUGUUGGGUAAAAAACUAGGUUACUAGGUCAAAUAAAAGUAAAUGCCUGUUUACACUCAGGAGGCCACGUUUUUUUUGGCCCAAUCUUACUGAAAAUUGGUCAGAAUAUUUGUCUCCAUGAAAUCACUAGGUAAAGCAUGUUUACGCUGUUAUGGUAUGUUACUCAGGUGAGCGACCUAGGGUCAUCUUGACCCUCUUGUUUGGUUAAAGUUUUUGAUAAAGUCAAAUAUAUGUUUGAUUGAGUUAAGCCCUUUCACUGGCAAAGCUCUAAUUCAGAGUCAGGCACUGAGAAAAGUGGAGCGUGCUGUCUUACGAACAGCUCUUGUUACAAAAUCUACUACGGUGAAAUGUUGUCAAUUUUAUUCUUAACACAAUAUAUUUAAGAAUUUUUCAAAUGGACUAUUUUCUAAAAAAGCAAAAUGUCAUCAGAAAAUGUUAAUUCAACAUCUGUGAGCAGACAAUUGAAUUUUGAUACUAUUUCCUUUAUGUUGGGGUAGUUAGUUUAUUAUCAAGCAUGACUUGACGGUAUCCUGUGGUUCUGGCAUACAGAAUUUUCAAUUGAUGACUUGGGCAGAAAGGAAAUAUCUGAACUGUUCUGUCCAGUAACUGAAUUAGGUGUUGUUGUACUUUCUAGGGAGUGUCUCCAAUAAUGUUGUUAUAACUUUUGGCCAAACCCUUUUAUAUAUUUACAUUGACGUAUUUAUGUUUGCUUGCUGUAUGUAUGUAGAUAGAAUAUAUACAAUAAAAUUUAAUAAACUAA